UCGAAGAGUAUCCUCGGUAUCCCGUAUGCCCUGCUGUAUUCAUUGAACGGCGCAUUGGAGCGGCAUCAUUUUCCGAGGUCGCCGUAGAUAGUCCCCCUUUUUAUGUGAGUUCCGUUCGUCGCAUCGAGCAAAUCCCGACUCGAUAAACGUCGCUCCUCGCGCGGAGAGCUCGUCGUCUCGUGAAGCAGCUUCGCCCGGGUGCGAACUACAGAAUACGCAGCGAUGGGCGUGGAUGUCGAGGUUCUCAGGCAAGGAGAUGGUCAAACUUUUCCAAAGACUGGACAGAUGGUGGUUGUUCACUAUACAGGUACGCUUGUUGAUGGGAAGCAGUUUGAUUCCAGUAGAGACCGUGGUGUACCAUUUAAGUUCAGAAUUGGGAGAGGGCUGGUGAUCAAAGGCUGGGAUGAAGGUAUUGCACAAAUGUGCGUUGGGGAGCGGGCCAGGUUAAUUUGUUCUCCAGAUUUUGCUUAUGGUAGCACAGGCCAUCCUGGAAUUAUUCCACCAAAUGCUGUUCUUAUCUUCGAUGUGGAGUUGCUGAAAGUGGAGCCCUGAAAUACCUCUUAGAGUGUACUAAACUGACCAAACGCAUUUCAAUAUGAAAAACUUAAAAAAAGAAAAAAAGAAACGCAUCAAAUUGCAUUACGUUAAGUAGUUGUCGCACGAAUGGCACAUUUCUUAUACUCAUGCCUUAAUUCAAUCGCUCGGACAUUAAAGUCGCGACAUGCGGUUUUUGCAAAGUAAUAUAUAAAUAUAUAUAAAUAUAUAUAUAUAUAUAUAAAACGACAACAUUGUUUCGUCACGUCACGCCGUGAGGGCAAACAGUGUACAAUUUAUACAAUGUAUAAAUUGCAGA